GAACUAAUUAAACCCAUAAAGUUUAAAUAGUUUUUUUUUAAUAUUUCAAGAUUUUUUCGCAUUUAUCCAAUCGAUUUUCCAUUGGUUGUCAUUGAUACAAAAUGUUAUCUUUAAUAAAAAAUUCAUCAAUGUUACGAUGUCCUUCAAUUUUGGCUCGAACAUUGAAUGUACUCUCAACACAACAACAAUGUACAAAGGUUACUUUACCGGAUCUUCCAUACGAUUAUAAUGCUUUGGAACCAGUGAUUUCAACUGAAAUCAUGCAACUACAUCACAGUAAACAUCAUCAAGCUUAUGUUAACAAUUUGAAUGUUGCAUUAGAAAAAAUGGAAGAAGCUAAAUCAAAAAAUGAUGUUAAAACAAUAAUUGAAUUGGAACCGGCAUUACGAUUUAAUGGUGGUGGCCAUAUUAAUCAUUCAAUUUUUUGGCAUAAUUUAGCACCAGUAGGAAAAUCUGGUGAACCAAAAGGUGAACUAUUACAAGCGAUCAAUUCAUGUUUCGGAUCUUUAGAUGAUAUGAAAGCUCGCGUUAGUCAAUUGGCAAUCGGUGUUCAAGGUUCCGGUUGGGCAUGGCUUGGUCGUUGUCCGAAAAGUGGCCAACUUCGUGCUGUUGCCUGUCCUAAUCAAGAUCCAUUAGAGGCCACAACAGGAUUGGUACCCUUAUUUGGCAUUGAUGUAUGGGAACAUGCCUAUUAUUUGCAAUAUAAAAAUGUUCGACCAGAUUAUGUUAAUGCCAUUUGGAAAGUAGCCAAUUGGAAUGAUAUUGAACAACGCUUUAUGGCUGCAAAGCCAAAAUAAAUGAAUUUAUUUUUAAUGUUUAAA